AUGCAGGAGGGAAAUAUGAAUGACGCUGUGCCUACCUCCAAGAACCACACAGGCUCCCACCCCAUGCAGAGUAAGAUUAUGAAACAUCCUUCUAAAAUCUGCAUCAUUGAUAUAGCUGUGUAUUUAUCUCAUCAUGACAAAGUGAUAACAGUUAUUUAGCCAUAAUGGUGCCUCUAUGCAUGGACUACAGUAUAUUUCUCCCUCUCUGUAGCGCCGAAGAACGAGGACGCCUAUGAAAUCUCCAUUCCCUUUGAGGAGAACAACUUUGAGCAGCAAGGCUUCUUCAACCAGAAUGAACAGAGUUUUGACGGUUCAUAUCAAAGCUUUUAUUUCCUACUAGAUCAGAGCCCAUAGAUUAAUGUAGUUGAAUGACCAUCUGGAAGGACAGUCCAGUGAGUCCACUCACCUGGUUUCUCCGGUGUGAAUCGGUUAGUGAUUAAGAUUAAUCCUCAUAUUCACUCCCUGACCCUUAACUUCCUGUGUGUGUUUCUCAGAGUCGCCCCCUCCCUCAGGCGCCCCCCCACCAGGCAGCUCGUACCUGCUGAUCACCAACCUGCGGACGCAGCUGCAGAUCUCCCUGGAGAAGAACUCGUGGCUGCACAAACGCAUCGAGGACCUGGAGGAGGAGAGGGACUUCCUGCGUUGCCAGCUGGACCGCUUCAUCUUCUCUACCAAGACCCAGGGCCAUCAGAACCAGGGCCCCAGCGAGAGCCAGUACAGCAACGGUGAGAGAGGGGCAUGGAGAGGGUUUGGGAAGGAGGAUGGACACUGGGGGGAUACAACCAGGAUGGAGAUAGAUGUAUUGUGAUUAGAGAAGUUCUAACAUGCUGACCACACCACCCGCGUUGCGUGCACGAGCGUUGCAAAAUAAAUGUACACAUACAUGUUAUUCAAUCAUUUCAUCCAAACUGCUUGCGCGCGUCAAUCAGCGUCUGCGUAGCCAGGCACUAAAAUAGAACUUGGUUCUAUUUUAGAUGCUUGAUGUGCUGCAAGUCCCGCCUCUCCCAUCUCCUCAUUGGUUUUUAGGAGCAUGAUUUCAUGUAAUGGACAUACACAAAAUAGUCCAAAUUGGUGAAGUGAAAUGAAACAAAUAUUUUAUUUUAAAAAAACAUCUAAAAAAUAAAUAACGGAAAAGUGGUGCGUGCAUAUGUGUUCACCCCAUUUGCUAUGAAGCCCCUAAAUAAGAUCUGGUGCAACCAAUUACCUUCAGAAGUCACAUAAUUAGUUAAAUAAAGUCCACCUGUGUGCAAUAUAAGUGUCACAUGAUCUGUCACAUGCUCUCAGUAUAUACAGUGGGGAGAACAAGUAUUUGAUACACUGCCGAUUUUGCAGGUUUUCCUACUUACAAAGCAUGUAGAGGUCUGUAAUUUUUAUCAUAGGUACACUUCAACUGUGAGAGACGGAAUCUAAAACAAAAUCCAGAAAAUCACAUUGUAUGAUUUGAGACUGGGACGGAGGUUCACCUUCCAGCAGGACAAUGACCCUAAACAUACAGCUAAAGCAACACUCAAGUGGUUUUAAGGGGAAACAUUUCAAUGUCUUGGAAUGGCCAAGUCAAAGCCCAGACCUCAAUCCAAUUGAGAAUCUGUGGUAUGACUUAAAGAUUGCUGUACACCAGUGGAACCCAUCCAACUUGAAGGAGCUGGAGCAGUUUUGCCUUGAAGAAUGGGCAAAAAUCCCAGUGGCUAGAUGUGCCAAGCUUAUAGAGACAUACCCCAAGAGACUUGCAGCUGUAAUUGCUGCAAAAGGUGGCUCUACAAAGUAUUGACUUUGGGGGGGUGAAUAGUUAUGCUCGCUCAAGUUUUCAGUUUUUUUUUAUCUUAUUUCUUGUUUGUUUCACACACAAAAAAUAUUUUGCAUCUUCAAAGUGGUAGGCAUGUUGUGUAAAUCAAAUUAUACAACCCCCCAAAAAAUCCAUUUUAAUUCCAGGUUGUAAGGCAACAAAAUAGGAAAAAUGCCAAGGGGGGUGAAUAAUUUCGCAAGCCACUGUAUACCCACAUGGGUUAUUGAAAAAUGGAGGUCCACACUCCAGUCCAUUUGGUGGUGGUAAUGCACCUUAAAUAUGGUUGCCAACCGCCAUAUAAAAUCCACAGAAGAAGAAGAAGAAUGAACAAGGAGAAAAACUAACUAGGUUUCCCCUUUUUAUCUGUGGAUUUUGUAUGACUCAACAUGGGUAAAAAUUCUAAAAAGAUCCAGCUAGAAAAAGGACCAUAUUCAGGUAAAAUAACAACCAAAUGUUUAUUUUCCAGGACAAAAUAGCUAGCAACAGCAAGCUAGCUAAAUGUCCAUGAACGUUUCAUUUGUGUUUCGACCUGUUCCCAAAUUAAUAUAGUUGGUCCACAGUUGGUUUUGGUAUUUUAACCUGCGUGUAAUUAACGCGUCUGGUGGGGAUAGACAAAACCAGCAUGCAGACGCAUGCGCGGAGCCAGUUUGGUAAGCAUGUAAGAGAACUUACUUUUUACAGGCAUAGAUUUAUUCUCAGGAACCAUUGUUUUUCCUCCUGCAGGCUAUGACUCUAGACGUUUUGAAUGGAAGGCGAGGAGAGAGGGAGAACGGCCAGCUGGUAAGAACUGCUUUAUUACCUCACUAGUCCCUUGUUGUUCAUGAUGCCUGUAUCUAGAUCUGGAGCAUAUUCUAUACAUUCUCAUCACCCUCACCACUACUGGCCUCAGUUCACUGAUCACCCUCAUUGAUCUUCUCCUUUUCCGAUCGUUAACCCUUUCAGAGCAGAAGUCCGAGCCACAGCGUUUCACCUCUCGUCAGAUAUUCCAGCGAAGACCCUCCCCCACUGCGAUGGCCCCACCCAAAAACCACACUUCCAGCACGAUAGCCAAUCAGAUGGCUGCGAUGAGCUCCAUGUUCAGCUCCGGGGCCACCCAGACCCUCUUGCAGGGGCACAGCAGUGGCAGUAGCAACACUAACAGAACCACCAUGAGUGACAUGAAUGCACACGGGAGUGUAGGGCCAGGUAAGGGGAUCCAGACUAGAGGUUGACAUGGGAACAGGACUCUUGCAGGUUCAACGGGAUUCCGGCAGGAAUGGGAGGGAAGUUCUAGGGUCAAGUUCAGGACAGGAUGGGAGUCCACAGGGACGGGCAGUACAGGAAUAGUUAUAAGUGAGGGGAGGUUUUUUGGGGGGGGUUCUAAAUAUUUAAUGUGUGGAGCAUUUCAUUAAAAAAAUGAACUGUGUAGGCCUAAUAUAGUUUACUUAAUAAAAAUAUUUAAAAUUAUUUGUAAUUUCCGCCCUCCCCCUUCUGUCGGCUCGCGCCUCGCUCCAGUUGUAGCCAGUCACUACUUUACCUCAGAUGCCAACGUAUGUCAGUGAAUGAUGAAGCCUUCAAGAGAGGAAUUGCAGUAUCUCGUUGCAGCCAAGGACCCAUCACUAACAUUAGAGCCAUUAAAAGGAAAGAGUGAUGUUUUAGCUAAAUGUGAUAGAGUUGUCAAGCAACUAAGUACACGGCACCAACCGGAGAGCAAGACAAGCGGCAUGAAGCGGCAUAGCUGCUCUACCAACAAUGUUAGCGGUCAAGCCCAAUUGUUUGCGUAUUUAACUAAACCUGUGCCAUCUGAGGUAAAGAGUAGGAUGGCCGAUAGGGUGGCAGAUACGGCCUCCGGCAUUUCAUCUUGUUGAGGGCCAACAUCUGGUAAUGUGGUUGCUAUCAGCUGUGUGUGAACUGCAGGCAACUGUCUCGUGAGCGCUGCGCAGCAGCCAAACGAACCAGUUGCUAUGGUUACCAUAUAUACAGUCAUUGAUGAAGACUACUCACACGCAGAGUGGGGGACAGAGAUGAGCAGCUAAUGGAGGAAGUUAUUUCUGAUUUCUGUGCGUAAAAAAUUGGGAUUUUUAUCUGGAUGGGAAAGGAAAGUUCUGGGGUUAUAGAACUGUUGCGGCUUCAGGACAGUACAGGACCAGACAUUUACAUUUACGUCAUUUAGCAGACGCUCUUAUCCAGAGCGACUUACAGUUAGUGAGUGCAUACAUUUUCAUACUGACGGGACAGGAAUGAAUUUUCACUUCCGUGACAACCUCUAAUCCAGACUAUGAGCACAUCUAGUCUAUCACAUCUAGUCUAAAGUUGUUUUUUAUCACGGUCUUGUUUGUCAUGUUCUUGUUUGUCUGUUCAGAUUCCCUGUCCCUCCUGGGGGAGGCCGAGGAGUUCCUGGAGCAGGAUGGCUACAUGAACGAGGAGGAAAUGAUUUCAGGAGAGGAAGUGAUGGCAGAGGGCAUGAGCAGCGGUGGGCACCCAGGGAUGAAGAGGAGGCGGGUCUUCCGAAUCACCAGGGAGAGGCAGAGAGGUGAGGGACAAUGGCAGCCAUGUUAACACGCGUCUUACUCAGGCCAAGUUCGAAUGCUUUGGAAAUGCUUUGUUCCUUCCUUCCUUGAAGUAGGCCUAAUCAAUCCCCAUCUCCUCCCCCUCUAGUCAAAGACGCUGCAGGGGUGCUGUUCCGCUAUAAGAAGAUCCUGCUGACCUACCAGCGGCUGAAGAACAUGUCCAAGGCCUUCCAGAUUCAUGGGGUGGACCGCAACACGGUGGCCUCCACCACGCCCAUCGCUGAGAUGCUGCUGGUGGCCCCGGAGAAGGUGGCGGAGGUGGGCGAGUUUGACUCGUCCAAGGAGAAGCUGCUGGACUACGCACGCCGCUGCUACAUCGCCCUGGACGAAGAGACACUCAGCAGGGUGCAGGCCCUGAAGAAGAACAACCUGCUACUACCCAUCUCCUACAGGUUCAGACACUGA